UUCAGAGGAGCAAGAUGAGGGCAGAGUUUCAACUGGGACGGAUUCUGACAUAUCAGAAAAGAACGAUGGCACCAAAUGUGAUGUGGAAUGGACGCAGGAGGAGGAUGAAAACCUCAAAAUUCUGGUCAACAACUUUGGCAAAAGAGAUUGGAAUAAUAUUUCUAGUUUCUUACCGGGCCGGACACAAAUGCAGUGUAUGGUUCGAUGGAAUAAACACCUGGAUCCAGAAGUAAACAAGGGACCCUGGACCAAAGCAGAAGACGACAAGAUGCUGGAGUUGAUCGACAAAUACGGCACCAGAAAUUGGUCUUUACUUGCCAGGGAGUUAACUGGAAGAACUGCGAAGCAGUGUCGAGAGCGCUGGUUUAACAACUUAGAUCCAAUGAUUAAAAAGUGUAGCUGGACUGAGGAAGAAGACCUCAUCAUCUACAAGGCCCACUCCAUUCUUGGGAACCGGUGGUCUGAGAUCGCUAAGCUGCUUCCUGGAAGGUCAGACAACUCCAUAAAGAAUCACUAUCACCUCACCAUCAAGCGCAAAGCUGGGUUGGGCUUUUUCAGAGAUGCUGCCAACAGCAUUUCCCUUGAUAUUGAACAAUUUGUAGAUAAAGAGGUGGACUUUAAAUGUGACGUUGUGAUAGAUACUGACCCAGUGUCUACAAAUUCGGUCAAAUCUGACGACAUCAAGCAGCAAAGAGAUCCUCCAAAACCUAAACGGAAGACUUCAGCUUCCAAGCCGUCUCCCGGUUCCUCUUUGCCUAGAAGUUCAAACUCCAGUCCGAGGUCUGGAGCUGCAUCGUCAAUCGUCCCUGUGGACCAGAAGGUGUUUGUCGAUGCAGCUCUAAAGAUGAUCGCUGAGGACAUGCUUCCACUCAGCUUUGUUGAAGGUGCGGGCUUCCGGUCGUUCAUGAGUACCAUCAGACCGAACUGCAAUAAGCUGUCUCAGCGCAUCAUGGGCCUGCAGCUCUACGAGGAGGUGGAACGAACCAUUAAGCCUCAGGUCAUCCGAGAACUCAAAAACUCCCUCGCCGCAUCUGGAGAUACCAAAAAAGUCAUUCAUGUCACCUGUGACCUCUGGGCGGGAGGUCAGUCCCAACAAACAGAGGAUCCAAUUCUUGUUGUUCAGCUCCACUUUAUUACUGAUGACUGGAACAUCCGGCGUCCUGUUGUGGCCUUUCGCCACCUCAGCAACAAAAACAUCAGUACAGCUGUAGCAAAGGAGCUGGAAGGUGUCCUUCUGAGCUACGGCAUCUUCCCCCACAACAUCGGCUACGUUCUCACCAACCAGGCCAAAGAAGUCAUCACAGGAAACGACUUAUUCUGCGACUACAAGAUUGUUUGCUCCUCUAACAGAGGAGAACCAGACGGAGAUGAGAUCGUGGCAUUUCUCUCCGACCAGAUGCAUGAAGCGGAGCUGCCCUUUUCUGAGCUGCAGAUUGGGACCAGGACAAUCUGUGUUGCCAAAAGACUGCAGAUGGUGAUAAAGGACGCUCUGAAAAAUUCCAGAGUUGUUGAGAACAUGCUUUCACAGGCACACAACGUGGUGGCGUUCUUCAAGAGCAGUGCCUACUGGAGUGAGAUUUUGUUGAAGGAGUGCAACGUAUCCAUGUGCCCUUCGUCCUCCAACUGUCGCUGGAACUCCAUGAUGGUGUCACUGAGGAAAAUGGUGCAGGAAAACACCUGGAGCACCGUCAUGACUCUCUUGGCUCAGGCCCGCAUCGAGGCCACGGACACGACCAGCGCCCCCCCACUGGUCAUGGUGAAGAGGGAGCAAGUGGUCGACAUCCUGGGUCUUCUAGAGCCUUUUGAGGAAGCACUACAAAUUCUUCAGGGAAACUCUGUGUCCAUGUCUAUGAUCAUACCUGCCCUCAUCGGCCUGGAUAAAACAUUAGAGACCUGUGUCACCAACUACACCCACUUCUGCAAGGCUCUGCGCGUCGGCCUCCACACACACUUCCAGUCUGUCGUUCACCAAGAAGACGUCAUACUAGCUGCUGUGCUGGACCCAAGAAUCAAAGUGCAGCCAUUCCCUGAUACAAAAUCAGACCAGUCAGAGUUUCUAAGUCCUCCAACAAAGAGUGAAGCUGCGUCGAUUUUAAGGUCAUCGUGGCAAAGCAUUGAAUCCUCCGCCUGUCCGUCUUCAGAGGCAGACGCGGUGCCGAAAGGUAACUCAUUAACAGAACAGAGCAUGGAGGAAGAAAACCAAACCUCCAUAAAGACAGAUUCAAGCUCCAACAACAGCUGCGAUAACGGCAACGACCUCAAGCGCAAGUCUGCCGAGAGUCUCAGCCAACCGCCUGCAAAGACUGUGAAGAUGUCUGAGCUGGAUCUGUACCUGUCCAAGACAGUGUGGAAACAUGGCCCCAGUUUACAGUUCUGGAUGACCACUCCUCAAUUCCCCACCCUCAGGAACCUGGCCAAGAAGGUGCUGGCUGCUCCAGCCACCUCCGGAGGCUUUGAUCGAAUGUACCCCAUGUCGCUGUGCAUCGUCAGGGCAAAGAGGAACCGCCUGCUGCCUCACACCACCGAGAGGCUGCUCCUGUACAGAAACUCUAUGAAAGCGAAGGCGCCGAGGAAGAGCAGCGAAGCUGCUAAAAAGUGAAGCCUUUUCUAACUGGAUUAGGAUUUUCCUUUUUCUAGAUCUAAAACUUUCAGAAUGUUCGUUUGCUGAAAAUGAGGCAAGUUUUUGCACAAUUAAAAGGCUGUUACUUAAAAAUGUAUGUUUUCUAAAACUGAAAAAGGAAUUGCUUUGUAUUAAAGAAAACGGAACGUGUUUGGAUGAUUCAGUAAAAAAAUACUAAAAUGUUUACUCUCCCUUAGAUAACAUGAAAGGGAAAAAAUGCUAAUUCUUAUUUUUUUACAUGGAAUUCUGAGCAUUAGUUGCAUAAUGGAUAAUUAUGAAGUGUAAACGCUACAAACAAGUGAUGUGUUGUUUUAGGAAUUUUACUCUUUUUUUUGACAUUUUCAAAAUUUUCCUAACAGCUACAAUGUUUUUCUAUUUUGCUUUAAAGCCUUAUUUCAAUAGGGUUUCAUCUGUGCUGCUUACAGGAAAAUGUUUGGUCCAAGUUUUAGCAACAUUUUUCUAAAUAUCAAAAUAAAAAAACUUUUUUUUAGUUUUGUAAAGUUUUUGUAAUUUGUUGACAAAUUCUAUUUAUUUAGAUUAAUAAUGAUUAUUUUUCUUUUAAGGCUUUUUUUCCCUCUUUUGCUCUGAUCUCUGAAGGGAAGUGAUAUGAAUUUUUUGUUUUCUUUGGUAACAUUUACAUAGAAUUCUCAACAAUCAAUUAUGAAAUGUGUAACAAAACACUCAUUUGACUAUCUAUUUUAUUAGAUGAAUAUUUACUCUUUUUAUGUUUAUUUUUAGUAUUGUUUCUUAAAAGAUCCUUUUUCUCUUUGGAUUUGGAUCAGAUUUACCUGAAUCAAACCUGCAUUCAAGUUGUCAGUAAAAAGAAUUGCCAGAUUUACAUAAAAUGAAAGGUAUAUCACCCUGUGCUUCCACGUUGAUCUGGAAAUAAAGAAAAAUACUAACCAAUU